AUGUAUAAGAAGUCUCCUCUGAAGAAUCAUAAAAGAAGACCCAAAAGACACUGCUGUCAUGAUUGCAAGAAAGUCUUCACCACUUCAGCAAACCUGAAGAUCCAUAAGAAAACUCACUCUGGAGAAAAGCCUUACGGAUGUGAAGAGUGUGGAGCGGCUUUUGCCCGAAAAAGUAACCUAAAGCAACACCAGCUCAUUCACUCUGGGGAUAAGCCUUACAGAUGUGAAGAGUGUGGAGCUGCUUUUGCCCAACAAGGUACCCUAAAUCGACACCAGCUCAUUCACACUGGAGACAAACCUUACAGCUGUGAGCAGUGUGGAGCGGCUUUUGCCCACCAAAGUUCUCUAACUAGUCACCAACGUAUUCACUCUGGAGAAAAGCCUUACAGCUGUGAUGAGUGUGGAGCGGCUUUUGCCCAACAAGGUACCCUAAAUCGACACCAGCUCAUUCACACUGGAGACAAACCUUACAGAUGUGAGCAGUGUGGAGCGGCUUUUGCCCACCAAAGUUCUCUAACUAGUCACCAACGUAUUCACUCUGGAGAAAAGCCUUACAGCUGUGAUGAGUGUGGAGCGGCUUUUGCCCAGAAAGGUACUUUGGCGAGUCACCAACGUAUUCACUCCGGAGAAAAGCCUUACAGAUGUGAAGAGUGUGGAGCGGCUUUUACCCAACAGAGUUCUCUAACGAGUCACCAGCUCAUUCACACUGGAGACAAACCUUACAGAUGUGAGCAGUGUGGAGCGGCUUUUGCCCACCAAAGUUAUCUAACUAGUCACCAACGUAUUCACUCUGGAGAAAAGCCUUACAGCUGUGAGCAGUGUGGAGCGGCUUUUGCCCACCAAAGUUCUCUAACUAGUCACCAACGUAUUCACUCUGGAGAAAAGCCUUACAGCUGUGAUGAGUGUGGAGCGGCUUUUGCCCGGAAAGGUACUUUGGCGAGUCACCAACGUAUUCACUCCGGAGAAAAGCCUUACAGAUGUGAAGAGUGUGGAGCGGCUUUUGCCCGGAAAGGUACUUUGGCGAGUCACCAACGUAUUCACUCCGGAGAAAAGCCUUACAGAUGUGAAGAGUGUGGAGCGGCUUUUACCCAACAGAGUUCUCUAACGAGUCACCAGCUCAUUCACACUGGAGACAAACCUUACAGAUGUGAGCAGUGUGGAGCGGCUUUUGCCCACCAAAGUUCUCUAACUAGUCACCAACGUAUUCACUCUGGAGAAAAGCCUUACAGCUGUGAUGAGUGUGGAGCGGCUUUUGCCCGGAAAGGUACUUUGGCGAGUCACCAACGUAUUCACUCCGGAGAAAAGCCUUACAGAUGUGAAGAGUGUGGAGCGGCUUUUACCCAACAGAGUUCUCUAACGAGUCACCAGCUCAUUCACACUGGAGACAAGCUUUACAGAUGUGAGCAGUGUGGAUCAGGUUUUACCACAUCAGGUCUUCUCACGAGACACCAACGUAUUCACACUUGA